UUAGUGCUAUGAGCGAAUGUUUACCUACAUUGUUUUUGUUCAAUUGAAAUGUGUCCGCGUCUCUCCAUAAAAAUCGUUGAACAUUCGCACGUUUCGUGUAUUAAUUUAGCGUCCUAUGUUCUGUUUUGAUAGCUAUAUUUGGCACAUCGUAUAUUUGGUACCGGUAUGUUCAACCAAAAUUAAAGAACGGAAUUAGGUACGCAUCUAGUUGAAAGUGAUUGAAAGUGUCCCUUUUGAGCAAUGUCUCGCGCAGAGUAUUUUUUAGCUCUCUGUUUGUUGGAUUCCCUGGAAGAUCACAACAUAGAAUCACUACGGAUUUUGCUAGAGAAGCACAAUGCGAAUCCAAAUGCGAUUGUAUUGGAGAAAAAUGUUGCCCCAAUUCAUCUAGUGAUUGGUGUGGAAAAUGUGCAGUUGGCGGAGCGGAUGACGAGUUUGAUGUUGCAGUAUGGAGCAAAUCCAAAUCUUCGUACAAGUGCGGAAGGAAUAAGCCCUUUACAUGUUGCUGCCAGUCUUGGUCGUGUUCGAUUAGUAGAAUUGUUGUUGAAAGCUGGUGGUGAUAUGGAUCUGCAAGAUGAUGAUUUCAAAACACCGGUUCAGUAUGCCGUGGAGGAAGGCCAUUUCGAUGUAAUCAAAGUGAUGCAAAACUAUGCAUUCGAGAGAAAGUUUGAGAAGAAGCGGGAACAGAUGCUACAGCAAACUUCGAGCUCAGGAAAAGCUUAUAUCAAAUGUUUGGGUGGUUAUUUGAAAGUCACUACCCCGACCAAAAACUGUCUUAGGGCGGUUCAAACGUUGGAUGAAAACAAACUCACCCCGAAUAGAGUUCAUUAUAAUUUUGAUGCAACUUCACCGUACUACAUUAACAUUACGCAUCGGAGAAAAAGCCGUUCGAAAACAACCAAAGAUAAUAUUAACAAGUCGAUCGUAGCUAUUGAACAAGCUGAGAAUGAGCAGGACAAUCCAGCUGCCGAAGACAGCACUGAUAAUGAAGAAGAUGUAAUAGUGGGACGACAAAACUUGUUUGAGCUUACUGAAAGAAACUUAGACAGCUUUAGUAGAAAUAUGACUGGAUUGGGUCGCAGAACUUCAUUCAUAGAAUGCUGGCGUGAUAAGAUCGCAACACUGCGAGACAGAAACAAGCUAAGCACCAAUCUCGAUGAUAUUCAGAAAAUUCUUUCAGGAUUUCUAGACGCAAGCAUCGUCGAAGAAGAAUUAGUACUCGAAGAUAAAGUGCUUAGCGGCUCGGAGAGUGAACCAUGUACUAGUUUCAGAACGGCAGAAGAACAUGCUCUGCGGUAUGAUGAUAGCCUGAAAACCAAUGAGUUUGCACAAUCUUUACAUACAUCACCUGAACCGGAAGCUGCCAAAGUACCUUCCCCCAAAAUUUUAAAUCAUAUAGUGCAGAUAGCCGAAGAGUACAUUCAUACGGACGAUGAAGCCGGUCUAGUAUUUUACGAGAAAAAGUAUUUAGCUGGCUCGGUUUCGCCAGUAGCUAAUGUUAACCAUAAACGAAAUCCCUCAAUAUCUAGUCAGUCUACUGCCCUCACAUUGCCUCCUCUGGACUAUGAUACUGAUGCUUUGCGAGCAGAACUUACCAAUUUCGGCGAACCACCAGGUCCCAUCACUAAGCAUACGAAAAAGUUGUAUUUAAGAAAAUUGAUCAAAUACAAGCGAGAUCCCGAACGUGCGUUCGCUCAAGUUAAAAGCAAGCAGCAGCCAAACUAUUCUGUGGAGCUUCUAUCCACCGUUCGUAGUUCAGAUGUCUUUCAACAAAUCUCAGAUUAUCAGAGUUUGGAAAAGGAGAUGUCCAGCGAGUUUCAAACAACAACCGAGAAAACAUGGCGCGAAGGACACUUGAAAAAAAGUUUUAUCUACCUGUUGAUCGAUCCGCGCAUUUCCGAAAAUCUCCCGGCACAACAAAAACUACUGACACCGCACGAACUGUGGAAACGGUUUUUGCUGUCCAUAUUCUAUGUAGGAAAAGGCAAAUCUAGUCGACCGUACUGUCAUCUGUAUGAUGCGAUGAAGUUGUACCAUCAAAAGUCUACGGAACCGAGCACGUUGAAGCCACACCGUCUAGAUAGUCAUCUGGAGGUGGAAGAAGAACGGAUAAUUUUCCAGAGCGAAGACCGCAUCGAGCGUUUUUGCAGGGCGUCCAAGAUACUGAAUCGCAAACAGAUGGCGGACAGUGCCAAACUGAAUCGGAUAAUCGAUAUCUGGCGUUCGCAGCGUGGUGUCAUUUGUCUGCAUGUGUUUCACAGUAUAAUGCCAGCGGAGGCGUACACCCGGGAGGCGGCCAUGAUCGAUGCGAUCGGUGUCCAAAACUUGACUAACCUGAAACGAGGUGACUACUAUGGAAAGGUAAUGUCCUGGCCAUUGAAGCGACGCAAACAGCUCGGCAUCCUGCUGUUGCACAAGGCUAUGCUGGUGUUUCUAGCUGAAGGCGAGACGCAACUAUUGCCAAGUGAUCUGAUAUGAAAUGUUUAGAGAUAUAUGAUUACACAAACAAAGUCUGGUUUAAAUUGUUAUAUUUUGUAGAAAUAUCUUGUAAAUAUAAGUCAAAUCAAUGUUUAGCUACUUCGAUUUUUAAAAUUACUAAUAAAUUAUGAUUUAUAAUCGGUUCUAUAUAGGUCACAAAUACAAUCUGUUUCCAUUGUUUCUAGGCUUUUCUAUUUCGUCCGGAUCUGACUUCCGGUUCCGAGAUUACGUGGUGACAUCAAGCGUGAUUUUCGCGAAUUUAGCGCGGUUUCUACUUAGAUUUUGAUGUAAUGGCGCGGAUUUCGCGCGAAUAUCAAGAAACAUUAUUUCACUUUUCAAAAUUUCGAUUUUAUGCUCUCCGAUCUUGAGUGAUACAAAUUGCUAUUCCAGCAGAGCUGCUACCAGGAAUUAAAAAAACAAACUUUUCGAUAUAUGUGAUUGCGUUUCCCCAUUCUAAUGCAGAAAUCGGAAGGCGAUUUACGCACUAAAAGAUAUUGAUGUGUGAUGGAAGGUAUUGUCUAAGUAAAAACACAUCCAAUAAUGCAAAGAACGUAAUAAAUGGGAUGCUAUUCUUCGAUAAUAUGGUAGCAAAUUUUGUGCAUGAUAAAAAUCGCAUUCUUCGAGUAAAAUUUGCACGACAAGCUUAAGAAGCGAAGUUGGACAAGAAAAGAAAGGAUGGUAUUUCCAUCCGUAAUGAUAAGAAAUUGUUCUAAUAGUUUGCUGGUUCCACUACCCAACAUUUUCAAUUGUUCUUUGCGUUCUUGAAUUUUUCCUGAAAUAUGGAAGAACAAGGGUAUAAUAUGGGGCUGUCCAUAAAAGAUGUCACGCUUUUUUGACGAUUUUUGACUCCCCAUCCCCACAAAUUGUCACAGAAGCUAAGACCCCCCACCCCCCCUAUGUCACAUGUCACGAAUUCAAAAUAAAUAAAAUUCAUCUCAAUACAUUCUCGAUAUGUAUGACAAACCAUACA